GAAAAGGAGGAGAGACUUCCCAUCACUUAUCCUCACACCGUCGUUCGCAACAUUGGAGUUGAGAAUGAAUGUGAUGAAAUUUGCAGAAGAAAAAUACUUAGUAGUGACACAGCUAUCAAUACGCGGGUUACUUACUGUAAAUUGUCAAAACACGGCUCAGUUGACGGGAUGAAGUGCGAAGAUGGCCAAUUCUCGCAUUGCCGCAGAUCACCCCAGAUGCCCGCCUUUCCAGAACAGAACGACAUGGGUGGAAAGGGCAUUGGAGAGACAAGCAAUGGAGAGACCCAUUGCAAUGGAGAAAUCCACAACAAUGGAAAAAUGGAGUCGGAGCAACUCCUCAGCAAGAAACUCCAACUGAAGAGAAAAGCGGAGCACUUGAAGUCUGGCCUGAUGAAGCAGUUUGACUGCCAGGUGUUGGAGUUCAUGGACAGUCUGAUAGAGGAGUCGGCCAGCCUGGAGCCUGCUCCUGUCCCUGCUGUUUUCUCCCCUCUGUCUGAUAAGGAGCAGAGUAAGCUUAGGCAUCUUCAAGGAUCAACUCAGGGCCACGGUAAACAGUUUGUGGUCCGUAGGUCAUUGUUAGAUGAACUGUUUGAAGUGAACCACAUCCGGACCAUCUACCACAUGUUCAUAGCCCUGCUCAUCCUCUUCAUCAUCAGCACUCUAGUCGUCGACUUCAUUGAUGAAGGCAGGCUUGUGCUCGACUUUGACCUGCUGGUCUAUGUGUUCGGACAGUUCCCCCUGGUAGUCAUUACCUGGAUCUGCAUGUUCCUGUCUGUGCUCGUGGUACCCUAUAGCCUGUUCCACUCCUGGGCCUCUCACUACCACGAGUCAAGUCCCAGCAGCGCUCACUCUCUACUGCUGGGCUCUCUGUUUCUGCUGUACCAGGGCCUGGGCCUGGGCUUCCUGCCCACCUUUGUGGUGGUGAGGAACGGCUUUCCCCCUGCAUCCUGCUUCAUCAUCAUCCUGGAGCAGGUGCGUCUGAUGAUGAAGGCCUACUCUUUUAUCAGGGAGAAUGUCCCCAAAGUUCUGGCUUUGGCAAAAGACAAAAGCAACUCCUCCCCAGUCUCAACGGUCAUCCCACAGCUGAGCAACUACAUCUACUUCCUCUUUGCUCCCACCCUUAUCUACAGAGAUAAAUAUCCCAGAAAUCCCAUCAUCAGAUGGAGCUAUGUGGCAACUAAAUUUCUACAGGUUCUAGGCUGUCUCUUCUAUGCCUACUAUGUGUUUGUGCGCCUCUGCAUCCCUCAGUUCCGUAGCAUCAGCCGGCAGUUGUUUGACCCGCGGGCCAUGGUCCUGUGCGUGUUUAACUCUAUCCUGCCAGGAGUUCUGGUUCUCUUCUUAGCUUUUUUUGCCUUCCUGCACUGCUGGCUCAACGCUUUUGCUGAGAUGCUGCGGUUUGCUGACAGGAUGUUUUACAAGGAUUGGUGGAACUCUACAUCUUUUGCCAAUUACUACCGCACCUGGAAUGUGGUUGUUCAUGACUGGCUGUACUACUAUGUAUAUUGUGACUUCCUAUGGAUGUCAAGGAAGAGGUUUCGUGCGGGAGGCAUGUUUUUGGUGUUCACUGUGUCUGCUGUGGUGCAUGAGUACAUCCUGGCUAUCUGCUUCGGCUUCUUCUACCCAGUACUCUUCUGCCUAUUCAUGUGCUUUGGAAUGGUGUUCAACUUUGUUCUUCAUGACCGGAGAAAAGGACCAAUUUGGAAUGUGAUCAUGUGGACCGCUCUGUUCCUGGGUCAGGGGGUUAUCAUAUGCCUCUACUCCCAGGAGUGGUACGCACAGCGCUACUGCCCUGUAGAGGAGCCAUCUUUCCUACAGCUGCUGAAACCGCGAUCCUGGAGCUGUCAUCUGCACACUAAGCCAGCAGUGGACUCUUGAGUGGCUGUGACUAUAUUAUAGUUACAUUAAUACAAUACCUUGCAAGGAAGGUCAGGCUACCUGAGAAUGGAAUUUCAAUGAAGAAAAUCACUUAUCAAAAUAAAGGUUCUACAACAGCAACCAUGUUAUUGUUGGAAAAGCCUACUUGAUUUUGAGUUGGGACAAAACGAUUGUAUGUGAGCUGUAUCAAAGUAGCAUACAUCCUCUUUUUCCAAACUCACUUCACUCUUCUUAGGGGGCUUACACUGCUGGUGCUGGAACAUCUGCAGAACAGAUACACUGCUGGAACUCUAAUUUAUGCCAUUUCUAUAUUCUACCAUUUUGAAAGAUUGAUCAGAAAUUCAGGGAUUUUAUUGGGUAUGCUUACUUUGAUUGUGACCUUAAUCGGUUUAAUAUCAAAUUAUGAACUUGCAUGUAGGCUAAAUAUACUCACGGGACCAACAGAAACUGCAAAUAUAAUGGGUUUAGGAAGAGCACAAGCUCCUGUUUCUUUCAAGCCUUUUUGCCAUAGUUAAUUUUUUUUUGUUUACAGUAAUCUGAAUGAUUGGCUUGAUUUGUGAUUUUGAAAGACCAUGGUGUGGGUGAGAAAUAUAAUGGCAAAACUGCCAUUUUAGUUUGAUGUCAUUCACAAAGAUGCCUUAAUUAGGACAAUGACAAUUUUGUCAGAAGCCAAGUUUACAUAUGAAGGGUAUUUUUGCUUGGGUGAAAUGAUCAUGCUCUUUAAAAUCAAUUUUCAACAUCAGUAUGAUUAAUCGUGAAAUGACCGCUUUGCAUAAAAGUUUAAUAACAAGCAUGCAGAUUAUUGACCAAUUUUCCUAAACAAUGUUUAAUUUAUGUCACAAUAAACAUACAGAUUUCAAAUGUUCAGAAUCUCUUUUGUAUCUACUUCUCACUAGGGUGUGUACAAUCAUUUUGAGAUGUUAGCAAACAAAAUGAAGCUUUGUUUGCUGUGAUUUACUAGUUUGAAUGCUAAGGAUGGUUCUAUGACCUAUAAAUUGGUUAACUCCCCUAUAUAGGCCCCUAUUUAUGUAAGCUGUUUUGAAAGGUGUCCCCCAAAUAAAAUGUAUUAUUGUUAUUAUUAUGAAUGUUUUGUUAGAUGUGCAGUCUUACAUAAAUAUAUUUAUUGUAUUACUAUUGUCUAUUUAAAGUGAUUCUUUAAAAUAAAAACUAAUCUGUGUUUCCCCA